AAGACUUAGGGCUCAAGGCUCAGGCAAAAGCAAGCUGCGCAGCUUCCGCGUCGCUUCCCGAAGGAUGGCCCGCAUCAGCAGCCUUGUCUUGCUUGUCGCUUGUGCACUGCUUGGCAGCCGCGUUUCCACGCUGCUUUUUGCCAACGCGCCAACCCAGAGCCUUCGAAGCCGAACGACCGCCAGGGCCGUGGAUGAGCGAGAUGAGGGUUUGGUGCUGAUCAAGCCCGAGGAGUCCGGCAAGGUGGUGAAGAGGGACAAGUUCAACAACCCUCCACGAAUCGUCAUGAAGACCAACGACUGGGACCAGCCUGAGAUUCAGCUGAGCACGGGUGCCAGCAACCAGAUCAACUACAUCACGCCGGUGGUCCAGUCGGACGACAUCAAAGCUUGGUUGUCACUGAACGUGAACUUCUUUGCCAUCAUCGGGCUCACCACCGUGGGUGGUCUCAUCGAAAUCCAGCGCUUCUUCCCAGAUACCUUGUACUGGUGAGUGGCUGAAGGCAUACGGAUGUUGACAUUGGUCACACAUGAUAUUCCACGACUGCUACGACUGAUCCUGGCGCACCGCUGUCAGUCAGAUCAAAUAGAGGCA